UAUAUACCCAGCUUCCUGCUUCUCCAAAUUCUUUUCUCUUGCUUAUUUUAGUCCCAUUUUAAUAUCUUAAACAUCCUACAUACUCAUUUUCCUCUUCAAAAAAUGAGUGAUGUUUUUCCAGAAGAACUGUUGCUGCAAAUUUUGGUCAGGUUGUCUGUAAAGGCUCUGCUGCUAUGCAGGUCUGUUUGCAAGUCCUGGUGUUUGCUCAUUAGCAGUUCUCACUUUAUUAAUUCACAUAUACGUCACAACCAUGCUGUUGGUAAUCAUAACCUGCUCUUGAGGUGCUUCAGCAACAACCAAGAGAAAGAAAUUUACACCUUACAUGAUGAAAUUGAUAGUUUAAAGACAAUUAGGGAACUGGUCUUUCCAUUUGAUAAACCUCAAGGGGAUUUUUUCACAGUUGUGGGUUGUGUUAAUGGGUUGAUUUGCUUAUGGGAUGACACUCAUGAGCUCAACCCUGUGACUUUGUGGAACCCUGCACUCCAAAAGUCUUUUCGUGUUCCUAGUCUUCAUUAUAGCAUGUCUGAUGAUGGACCAUUGGCUUGCCAAAAGUUGGCUUUUGGGUUUGGCUUUGAUGCGUUAGCCAAUGACUAUAAGAUUUUGAGGAUUGCUUUUACCUUUGCUCAUUUCAUAAAGAAUAGGAGAAUUGACAGAAGGCCUUUGUCCUUUUUGAGUAAAAUUGGUGUAUGCUCAGCUGACAUCUUCUCUUUAAGUACCAAAUCAUGGAGACAUAUUAAUACUUCUGUGCCCUUGCAACAACUAAGUAUUCCAGUAUUUGUUAAUGGAGCUCUUCAUUUCUUGACUAGCAAAGAUGGUAAUCAGUUUGUUGUUGUGUCAUUUGAUUUAAAUGCUGAGGCUUUUGUUGAAAUGGCAUGUCCUCCAGAUGCAAAACUUGGUACACACUUGGAUCAACGGAUUGUGGCAUCGUCUGAGACUAUUUCUCUGCUUCAUCAACGGCAUGAGCAUCUUUACGACAUAUGGGUGAUGAAGAAGUAUAAUGUGGCCGAGUCUUGGAUCAGAUUAUUCUCAAUAGAUCUGGAUAUGUCUCUUGGAUGGAAACGCAUACUUGGCUUUAGUGGAAACGGAGGAUUGAUGUUGGUUGGAAGUGGUAGUUGGGUGGGCUAUCCGAUUGUGAAUGCCAUACAAAUUGUGGAUUUUCAGCCCCUAGGCUCAUACUGUGCUCCAUAUGCAGAAACCUACAUGGAAACUCUAGCUCUACUGCAGGACGAUAAUACUAUAACCCAUUUGCAACAAAAUAUUGGCGGCGCUGUGCAGGACCAUAAAAGAAGAGGGCAAGAGAUACGUCGUGUUGCAGGCAAGAGGCGGGGAAAGAGUGCCCGUGUGUCUUUAACUCACUAGUUCUGCAGUAGGGGAUGUUCACGGGAUACCUGCCAGAAAAUGCUUAGUGAACAUCAAAUAUGGAGAUCAGGCAGUCAUUGCAGCAGCUCUGGAAGCUUUAAUUGUUGUUGUAAACUCUCACCUUUUCAAUUUCUUUUGGUAUCAUGUUAGCCAAUAAUUGUGACUGUUGCACUCUAGAUUUUAGUCUGGAGUUUGACUAUGUUCUAGUCUUGAGAUUUCGAAUCUGAUUAUUUCAACUUCUAAAAUAGUUCAGAACUUCCUUUGACUGGAAA